AUGGGCAGAUAUCAAUUAGAAGUUGAAGAUAAAAAGCCAAUCUAAUAUGUCGAAGAUGAUAAUUUAGAUUCAGAUAAUGAAAAAAAUCCAAAACAUAAUUUUUCUGUUAAAUCUACUACAUCCUCUAAAGGAACUGCUAAUUUGGGAUAUACUCCAAUUAGAAGAGAUUUAUUAGGAUAAGCUAAUGAUUAUAUUGUCAGAUUCUUACAACUAGUAUAAAUACAUAUCCAGAGGAUGUUAUAAAUUCUUACGGGUAAUAAAUUUUUGAAAUUAAUUACCUUUUUNGAUGGAAUUGAAUGUUUAGAAAUCAAACCAUAAGAUGAAGAAGAAAAAUUUAUACAUUCUAUACAUCCUGAUUAAGAAGAAGAUGAACCUAAAGAAGAAGAUCCUUUAGAUGAUAAUGCUAAUGUCUCUGAUAAUUCAGAACCUAUUCAAAUUGAAUCAAAAUAAUUCAAAUAAUACAAUAUAACUAUUGCAGGUGGUAAAACUCUUUAAUUUCAUAUGAGAUUUUCACCUAAGGAUGUUAAAUAAUAUUCUUUUGAUAUUCCUAUUACAUUGGCUAGAUAUGGUCCAUUAUCUUCAUUAAUGAGGAAAGUCAAAUGUAGAGGACUUAAACCUAAAUUUUUGGUAGAACCACAAUUAUUUGAAUUUAAAAAGAAAAUCAUCACAUCUCCAGAUAAAUGUUUUCCAACUGUUGAAGAAAUUAAAUUAUCAAAUCCAGAUAGAAAAGACGUUCAUUGGAAAAUUGAUUGUCAAUCACUUAAAUCUGAAAAAAUCUUUGCAAUUGAACCUAAUGAAGGUGUUGUUCCAAGUGGAUAAUAAAUUAAUAUUAGAGUUAAAUUUAAUCUCUAUGGUCCUGGAUCCUUCAAUGGAACAAUACAAUUGUAUAUUUUGGAAGAUCCUGAAAUUCCUUCAACAUUACCUUAUGUUGAAAUUACUAUGAGCGGAUCAGGAGCUUAUCUAAGAUUACUAUUUGACAAAAAAGAAGUAAUCUUACCUGUUGUACCUCUUAAUAUAUAAUCUAAAUGCUAUUUUAGGGUCAUUAAUGAUAGCUAUGAAAAUUUAAAUCUUAAAUAUAACUGGGCUGAAGAAAUUAGUAAUUUCAAUCUAGAAUUCAGAUUUCCUGAAGGUUCAACUUUAGGUGUUGCUAAAAAUAAAUUAACUGUUGAAGUUGUAUUCAGCAAUAAAAAACCAAUAAGUUUUACAACAAGAGUUGAAUUUAUUGAUGAAGCUAAAGUUUAUAUUAUCAAUAUAUCAGGUACUACAGAUAAUUGUAUUUUUACAAAUCAAAGCUUUUUAUGA